GAGAUCAACAUGGUCGCUUUUUUCCUUUUCAUUUCUUAUUCCUUCUCAGUUCAAUUACACAGCGUUGGCAUAUUUGGUGGACGGUUUUUUUUAUUUUCGUUGCUCAUAGACGGUGGAACGGGCGAAAGUGCAACGGGAUGCAGGUUUUGGGCAUUGUGAAGCUUAGCCGGAUCGGCAGUCAAAAUCCUCAGGCGAGCUAUCUAUAUCUUCCUCUCUUCUCAACUACGAGCGUCUCUAGGGUGGGUGUUCAACGGACGAUUUGUUGCGUGCGCGCGUUUCAGCUCAAUAUCGGGCCAAUAUCUUGGUACAGGCUUGGCGGUUCUCUGGUCAAAAGACAGGCGACAUGUUCACAAUAUUGGUAGUUGAUAAUGGUAAAUGACAUACAAAGCACAGACAAAUGAAAUUCGGUCUAGAUCUCCGAACCCCUCAAGAAUCAUAAUUCCCACUCAAGUU